AACGUAAAAUUUUACUUAAGUGAGCCAGUUAGUAAUGUGCUUGCUAUGGUUGAAUUGGAUACUAUUCGCCUUCCAUUAUCACUAGAUGAACUGCCUCAAAUUGUUGCUUAUCUUGAUCACUUAUACAAUGUUAUGGAAGCAAUUUUUAAUUGUUGUUACAAUGAAUCAAAUGUAAGUGAUAACUGCGACUUUGAUGUUUCAUUAGAGCCUCGAGUCAUAAAAGCGAUUACCGAGCGAUCAGUAGACAGAACUUGCGUGACUUGUUUUUAC